AUGGUUUUGCACCUAGAUUAGAGAUUUUAUCAAGUAAAUAACAUCCAAGAUAAGUUAAGAUGUUUGGAAAUGAUUCAAAAGAGUAUCAUUUCUUAUUAAAAGGACAAUGAAGAUUUAAGAGAAGAUGAAAGAGUGAUGCAAUUAUUUUCUCUAGUAUAUCGUUUACUUACUAAUGAUACAGAAACAGAAAGGAAAGAUCUUACUAUUACAAAUAUAUUCAGUCAUACCUUUAUCUCAUAAUACUGGAUUAUUAGGGUGGGUAUAAAAUUGUGAUACUUUGUAAUAAUUAGUUAGAGAGUAUAGAGAUAAAUAUGCUAUCAGACUUAAUGCAGAAGGUACUUUAAUGGAAUCGUUCUGUGCUCAGUAUCAGAACUUUCCUUUGCCUAACAAAGUUGAGAUUGAAAGACAUAUAUUAAAAAAUACAAGAGGAGAAGAUUUAUAAAAAGUGUUGUGGAUAAAAUCACCAAAUUCUCAAGUUUGGUUUGAAAGAAGAAUUAAUUAUACCAGAUCUUUGGCUACAAUAUCAAUGGUUGGAUAUAUAUUAGGAUUAGGUGAUAGACAUCCAUCAAAUUUUAUGUUAUAAAGACUUACUGGUAAAAUUGUAUAUAUUGAUUUUGGAGAUUGUUUUGGUAAUACAUCUUAAUUUUAUUAUUUAAUAGACAUACUUGUAAUGUUGUUAUGAGAGCAUUAAGGGAAAAUAAAGAGUAUUAUUAAUUAUAUAGUUUAGAUCUCUAUUGGAUUCAUUUGUAUAUUAUCCAUUACUUACAUCGAGACUUUUGAAUGCAUAAGAUCACAAACCUAAAAAAGAGGCUAGAAAUGUAGAUUUACACAAACAAAUUCCAUAAUAAAUGAUAAAUUAACUUAAUGAUAAAGAUUUGAAUUAGGGAAAGAGUUUAAUUUAAGCUAUUCCUGAAGCAAAAAGAAGGGGCAGCAUAAUUGAUGAUGGAAAACAUUAAUAAACUUUAAAAAGAAAGGAAAGUGGAAGAGAAAAGGAAAUAUAUUUUGAAUUUGUUGAUGAAGAGAGAGAAAUACCAGAUGAUUUAUAAAAUUAGAAAUGUUUAGAAGUUAUUGAAAGAAGUAAGAAAAAAUUAUAAGUAAGAGAUUUUAAAGAACAUUAAGUGUUGUCAACCCAGAAUCAGGUCAAUCAACUCAUACUUUAAGCAACUAAUCGUGAAAACAUAGCUUAAGCUUAUUUGGGAUGCUGUCCAUUUUGGUGAUUUAUUAUAAUUCAUUCCAAUAUUAGCAAUUAUUAUAUUGUUUUCUUUUUAAUUUUAUUACAAAAACCUUUUCAAUUUAAAUAUUAAAUGUUGCAGAAAUUAAUAAAAUAUAAGUUGUGUAAAUCACAAAUACUAUGACAAUUAUUUCUUCUUUAUUGGUUUUACUAAAAGAUCAUCCAUACCUGCAUUUAAACAUGCAGUCUUUGUCUUAGGAUCUCCAUCUGUAAUAAUAUUAAUCA